CACAUUAAAAACAAGUGCAAUGAAUAAGUAUGUUAUUUGAGUGCUAAAUAUAGCCAACAUGUCGACUAAAGAGGAGUAUGACUGCAUAGUGAUCGGGGCCGGGGUCCAGGGCUCCUUCACGGCUUAUCAGCUGGCAAAGAACAACAAGAAGACUCUUCUGCUGGAGCAGUUCGUUCUGCCUCACACCCGAGGGAGCUCCCAUGGCCAGACCCGCAUCAUCCGCAAGGCCUACGAGCAGGACUUCUACACCCACAUGAUGGAGGAGUGCUACCAGCUGUGGGCUCAGCUGGAGAGGGAGACUGGUGUCAAACUGUACAGACAAACAGGACUGCUGGUGAUGGGACCAGAGAAGAGUGAGAAUUACCAGAUGUUUAAGAACACCCUGCAGAAGAACAAGGUUCCUACUGUGGUCCUGAACCGUGACAACUUCAGCCAGCACAUCCCCCAUGUCACCCUGGCUGAAGGAGAUGGAGCAGUGGUGGACAUUACUGCUGGAGUGCUGUAUGCUGACCGAGCACUCAAAACUGUACAGGGCCAGUUUCAGAAGUUGGGUGGUGUCAUCAGAGACAAAGAGAAGGUAACAGACAUCAAGCCUGGUCCUACUGUGAAGGUGUCAACUUCUGCUGGUGUUUAUGCAGCCAAGAGUGUGGUGAUCACUGCUGGACCCUGGGCCAACAGACUGCUGGCCCACACUGGCCUGCAGCUACCACUAGAGGUGGUAAAGAUUAACGUGUGCUACUGGAAAGAGAAAGUUCCUGACACAUACAACGUGAAGAAGCGCUUUCCCUGCUUCUUACUGACUGAGGGAGAGGAGGCCAAUGAGCACAUCUACGGCCUCCCGUCCAAUGAGUACCCAGGCUUGGUGAAGAUCUGCUACCAUAUGGGCAGUGUGACAGACCCAGACCAGAGAGACAAGCAGAGAGACAGAUCUGACAUUGAUAUCCUCCAGCGCUACGUGGCCCGCUGUUUACCUAAACUGGAUCCUGAACCUGCCGUGGUGGAGAGCUGCAUGUAUACGCUCACACCAGACCGUCAUUUUGUGCUGGACUGCCACCCGGCCCACCGCAACAUUGUGAUUGGAGCAGGAUUCUCAGGUCAUGGCUUCAAGUUUGGACCAAUCAUUGGCAAGCUGCUGUGUGAGCUCAGCCUGGGAGAAGUGCCGUCCUAUGACCUUUCACCUUUCCGUAUUAGACGCUUCCAGGCCAAGCCCAAAUCAGCUUUGUAGAGCCAGGACGGACGUCAACAUACCACCAAGAACUGCUGAUUGAUUGUGCUUGAAUAGAAUUAGAAACACACAGUGAUUGUGCUAUUUUGUCUGCUGCUUAAUGUGAUGUCAGUUUGUGUUUUCACAUGGUGUCAUCCAUCAGAUUGUAAUGAAACAAUUUCUUGAGCAUUUUGGGAACUACUUAUUUGCUGAGAGUGAGAGUGAGAAGAUCGAUACCAAUCUCAUAUGUAAACUAAAUAUGAAGCUAGUUCCAGUGGGCAAUUAGCUUAGCAUAAUAAUAACUGGAAACAGGGAGUGACUAGUUGUGGUUUUAUGUGCUGGAAAUACUGAACGUCUAAGGCAGGCGUGGAAUGCAAAGCACCUGCUUCCAGCCUUUAUGCUAAGCUAAGCUAACCACCUACUGACUGUACUGUAGCUUCAUACAGACUGAUUACAGAUCAUUUCAGCUGAUGUUAAGUAUCAAUACUUCAGUUAAAUAAAGUAAUAAUUCCAAAAUAAGGUUGGGGGUAGGAGAGAAAUCUAAUUACUGACCUGCUGUAAGUGACCAGCAUGACAGUACAUGCUAUAUGUUAUUCCAUCACCUGGUUUCUCUCAUUGACUUGGUUUCUAGUGUUACAUAUACAUGUCCUGAGUGACUGUGAUGGAACUGGUUAGUGAUGAAACUUGACCACCAUGAGCAGUCUACCUCAGAGCUGCAUGUGGAGCUACAGACCAAGUACUUGUCCUCAUCACUGUUGUUUUAAUUAGUCAGCUGUAUGACAAAUCUCAUUAUACAGAUUAACAUCAGUUAAUGAAUGAAUGAAUGACAGAAGGAAAGGGGGAAAAAGUCCUGUAGAAUUAGAAGUCUAGAUGUUCUAUAAAGCAGCAUAAAGUAAUGAACUGGACAAACUAAUACUGCCUUCAUUUUAAACAGAAUUCCAACACUGACAACUCGAUUCUAACAUUGUUGUGUAAUUGUAAAUUCACUGAUCUGUGACAAAUAAUAAUAAAAAAGCUAUAAUCUUA